ACCACCUCAGUCCGCGUCAAGCACUUGUCGCCGCUCCACGUACGUCACGCUAUUGGAUAAUUUGAAAUUCGAACGCUCCAAUCGACCGGCCAAUCGCGUUCGAACUGACGUUUGAUUUCUUUUUCGCGCAGUGUCCGUUACUUGUGGCCAGUGUUUACCGCCUUUAGGGCGGCAGAUUUUUUUUAUUUGUGACAUUGACUAAAACAGUGGCAACAUUAAGGUCGGAUUUUCUCACGUUACGGUCUGAAUAAACAGCGCGCUAGAAAAACCGGUCAGCGGAUUAUUGACCCAGUCUCGAUCGGUCACCGGAACCAUUAUGCCUUACAUAUCCAUCACUAUCUAACGCAGCGGACCUGACUCGCAUUGCAACUGACAAACACCGUUACUUAAUUAUGCCAGUCUAAUAGUUCCACCAUGAUGGAAGAAGUCACGCCCCGCCCCAGCGUCGAGUACAUCCCGCCACUGCCACCGAAAGUCAAGCAGAAAGCCACUACGUUUACACAAAUAACUAGCGAUGAUACCAAGCUAAACGGUAACAUGGAUUCGCUCAGUUCGAUGCACUCACUCGUCCUUAAUUCAAAGCCUUCUGCAACGGUAUUCAUAGCGGCGACCCAGCCAGAACGGCCUGCAAGCACGUCUAGCUCGGACGCUCUAAACGGCCCACACGUGGUCACUAUCAGAAUUAACACAGACUCCGACAAACCGAAAGCACCUAAAAUCUCCAGCGUUCACCUCAAAAGCGACGCUGACUUCGACGCCUUCAAACUCCACGACAUUUACAAGAAAAAUAAUAGCCUGGUAAGGCUCAAUGUCGAAGAUCGACCCAAGAUUUUAGAUGAGGAAUUAAAAACUGAUAAACCACCGUAUAUCUACUGCAGCUCCUACAUGAAUUCUAAUAUGGUGAUGUCAAGUGGGCAGUGCUCGCCGAGCGAUACCCUAGAUUCCGGAACCUGCAGCGACCUUGACGGCACACCGCCUCCGCUACCUAAAAAGAAGCUCACGAAGUCUACAAAGAAAGUCUCCGUGACUCUAAUUAGUUCCACGAACGGCAGUCAUGAUGAGUAUGAAGACAACGAUUCUAACAUAUCGUGCGAUUCGCUUAAUAGUAGUGAGCUUAACGGAAGCGUGCACGCCGACGAAAACCAUAGCGAAGAUGGCAAAAACGAAAAGAAACAGAGUCCACCUGCCGCGCCGAUGAUGCCGGCCUUUGAAGCCAACACUAACAACAAAGACAGCAGCUUUCUACCACAAGGUCUGCUCCAAGACAUUAGAGACCGUUCUGUCAAACUCAAUAUGGUCGAAACUGAAAGCGAACCGGCCGAGCCUCUGGAAGCGAACCAGAAUAUUAAUGAAAAUGCUAAUUUAUCGAAAGAAAGCGCGCAACUAACGUCGUUCCGUCUAGUUUCUCAGUGUAAUAGUGAAGUGACGACUAAUUCCGACGGAGAUUCAUUACUGAACGUCUCUAAAACCCCUCUAAUUAGCGAAAGCACGUACGAGGAGCGCAAGAAGGAUAAAAUUAAACAAGAACAAAUGUGUUACAGUAGCAAUUAUUUUGACGCGGACAAAUAUUACGACUUCCAUCUCAACGAGAAACAGUUCGAUGAUGUUCAGUCAUUGAAAAGUGUUAGUGGUGUAAGUGUUAAAAGUGAUGAGUUAUCAGAGUUAGAAUAUUUUGCGGGAAUUAAGGAUUACAAGAGUGAAGAAGCUCCUUCGACGAUCAGGAGUUCGAAAGGCACGAUACGCGGCGUGAAGAAUCGUGUCCGAGCCGGCAUAGCAACAUUCCUCCAAAUCCAGAACACGACAAAGAGCUACAAAGAAAAAGACGCCGGUAAGGUGGUAAUCUACACCACCACCAUGGGCAUCGUCCGCAGCACGUACCAGCGCUGCAACCUCGUGAAGAAGAUCCUCAGGAACCUCCUCAUCAAAUACGAGGAACGGGAUGUGUUCAUGAGCACGGAGUAUCAAGAUGAGAUCAGAGAUCGGAUGAAGAGCGACCAGAUCCGAAUUCCGCAGUUGUUCGUUGAUGGCCAGUAUGUUGGGGAUGCGGACACCGUGGAGAAACUUAACGAGAGUGGGGAGCUCAGGAAAAUGCUUAAGCCUUAUAAGAGCCCCGACGCUUGCAACACGUGUCAGAUGUGCGGCGGAUUCCGCCUGCUGCCCUGCAGAAUCUGCAACGGCUCCAAGAAAAGCUUACACCGCAACCAUUUCACCGCCGAGUUCGUGGCCCUCAAGUGUAUGAACUGCGAUGAGGUCGGGCUUGUGCGGUGUGAGGUGUGCUCUUGAGCUGGGAACACUUUCAAGAAGAUUACAAAAUGUGGUUAGCAGAACGAGUGCGAAAUGCAAUGGAAAUGAAGACGGACUUUUAAAGUUAGUGAAAUGUGUCGAAUAAAUGCUGGAAAUAGAUCUGAGAGCCUUAUUCGAGAAGUGCAACUGUGAGAUUUCGCAUCCACAUCAAAACAACUUUUGAUUUAAUGGCAUGUUGAUCUAUCAAUUUUUGAUUCGAUCAACUUUGGAUCAAAUGUUGACAGCUGCAAGUAUUCGACAGCUCAUAAAUUUCCCCACGUCAACGGGAGAUCAACUUGAUAAUCAGUUAUCGCUAGUCGAAUAGGGGUCCAGCUUGAAUAAGGCAUGAUUGAAAUCAGUUCAGACAGAAAAAUCUGUAUAUCGUGAAGUCUAAAGCGAAUACUUUACAGCUGUUCAGAUUAUUGAGCUGUCUGCAGAGCUGCCAAUUCAACUGUGUAGCCGGGAGAAAAUAUUUUGUGUUUGAAACGAAAAAGUUUUCAAGUGUUGUGUUUAAAUGAAAUAAGUAGUGUUAAAUUGACUGUGUAAAUAUUAUUGGUGUUAGUUUUAUCUAUAUUUUGUCACUUGUCAGUAACAAAUUUAAGUAUCGAAAUACGAUUAACAUAAUCAUUUCUUUGCAUUUUAUCACAGGAUAUUUAUCAUGUAAAUAUCCCGCGAUAAUCUGUAUUUAAUUAAGUAUUCGUAAACAUAAAAAGAAUACUUUUGGAAACAAACAGUUAUUGGUAUUUGCUACUUUUAUAAUUAUAUAUAUAUUUAUACGAUCAACUCUGAUCAUAAAGUGCAAGAGUGUACAGAAUUAACUUUAAUAUCUUUUAAUUACUAGGUACUUAUAUUAUGUCAAUAAAUUUUUUCGUAAAUGAAAAAAAAACUAAAGUAUGUGCGUUUUAGUUUUAAAAUUGUACUAACUAAACAAUGUACUUCAUUUAAUUUUCAAUUCAACGAAAAUAUUAUCUUGUGUAUCUUCAUUACUGUUUUCGCACCCAUUUCGUCGAAACCAGGUAAUAUGUAUAUUAUUUUGUCUUAAAGAUAUUUUAAAUAGAACGAUGAAGGUAUGUAGCCUUGAAGUAACAAGAAAUAAUGUAGAUCUAAUAACCUGUCAAUUAUAACAGAGUUAUUUAACAAAAUAUUUUAUCUUGACAUGUUUAUCUGGUAUGACUGUUCAUGUGUAACUUGAUGAAGUAAUUUCAUAGUAUUUUCAAUCAUUGCUUUCGUAAAUUUUGCAGAUGUUAGCACAACAUUUUCGAUAAGAGGUAUUUAGAAACAUUUUUUUUUGUGUAAGUAGGUAUUGAAUGAAAUACAAUUUUGGGCAUUUUGUUUCUCUUUUUAAAACUAUUGAUAGCAUAAGCUCAAUCAAUGAAUAAUAAUACUUACAGAUAUAAUUAUUACUUGAUAAAUUGAAAAAUGAAAUGAAAUGUUUUGGAAUGAAAGGUUGUCCCAUUUAUCUUAUCUUAAAUAAUAAUUUAAGCAGUAAUUUUAAUAAUUAUGCCAUAAAUUAGUUACAAUAAUUAAUAAAAUAUUGGAUGUUAUAAUGUAUUUUAAGGAAUCCUUAUGAAACAAAUAGGAUAAAUAUAUUUUUAUGCAUGUA